AGCAUCUUCCGGGGGGCGCGCGGAGAAACGCGAGGAGGAGGACGACGGAGACAGAGACAGGAAAAGAGAGAGAAAGCGCGCGCGCCAGGGAGAGGAGACAUACUGGUUAAAGGCUACGACAAAAAGAAACAAAAAAACAUGAUGAUAAUGGAGUCAAGGCGUUGGAGGAUGUCGGAUUUACGGGAAAGGACUGUUGAAAUUUGACAGAGGGCUCGCGUCAAAGAGAGCGUUUCGUUUUUGAUUUUUCGUCUUCUUCUGAUUCAUUUGAUUUCCACACGCUUGCGUGGACGCUAGAGAAGCGAACGGCAGAGGAACAGGAGCACCCCCACGAAUGCCUCGGAAGGUAAAAACUGGCUCUACCGCUGGCGCCACAGGCACCAUCUCAUCCCCCGGAUGGUGAUAAAGGACAUCCCGAAGAAAAGCUCCGGACUGAUGGAUGAGGAGGAACAUCAGCUUUAGCCCCCCCACACCCACACCCCCACCAUCCACCUGACGAUUGGGAAAGGAAAUAAAUCCUAUUCUGAUGGAUUUUCUUUAUAUUUUUUCCUGUUCUUUUUUUGUUCUUUUUUCUUUUUUUUUGUUAAUCAUUUAUGGUGUAGCCCCAAGGAAAAACCAGCAAUGUUGAAUCACUGGUGUUGGUAAAUUAUUCAUCAGAGGUAGAAGUAGGCUAUGAUUUUCUAUUGCUUUAAUGUAGCAUUCCUUACAUUUCAUUUUUUAUUUUUGUAACAUAUUGUCCUCUGGGGGUCAUAUACAUAUUUUCAGGUCCCAUGAUUUUUUAGGCCCAUUCCAGAGAGAGAGUGAAAGAGGGAGAGAGAGAGAGAAACCCAAAGCGGGGGAAAAAUCUUAGCGCAAAGAGAGCUUUUGGAUAUUUAUGUGUCAAAUCUGUGUGGUGGGGUUUCUACAUAUUCAUAUUAUUUUCAUUGUAAGUGUAAAGAAAGACAGAUUAAAGGUCUAAAAGACGGAGGAAAACAGCAAACAUGUUGCCUUCCCAAGAAGCCUCCAAGAUUUACCAUGACAACUACAUGCGCAACUCCCGGGCCAUCGGGGUUCUGUGGGCCAUCUUCACCAUCUGCUUCGCCAUCGUUAACGUGGUGGUGUUCAUCCAGCCCUACUGGAUUGGCGACAGCGUCAAGACGCCGCACAUCGGUCACUUCGGCCUUUUUCACUACUGCGUGGGCAGCGUGCAGGCGUCCAGCCGGGACCUCACCUGCGUGGGCAGCUUCUCCGACUUCGGCUCCAUCCCGUCGGGAGCCUUCAAGGCCGCCUCGGUGUUCGUGCUCCUGUCCAUGGUGCUGAUCCUCAGCUGCAUCGCCUGCAUGGCGCUCUUCUUCUUCUGCAACACCUCCACCGUUUACAAGACCUGUGCCUGGAUGCAGCUGCUGUGCGGAGUGUGCCUGGUGCUGGGUUGCAUGAUCUUCCCUGACGGCUGGGAUGCGGAAGUGAUCCGAGAUAUGUGUGGGGAGCAUUCAGGGAAAUACUCUCUGGGUGACUGCUCAGUACGCUGGGCCUACAUGCUGGCCAUUAUGGGCAUCCUGGACGCCCUCAUCCUCUCCUUCCUGGCCUUCGUCCUGGGAAACCGGCAGACAGACUUCUAUCUGGAUGAUCUGCAGACAGACAACAAAGAUUUUGCUGUUUCGAGGAUUGAGGUACGAGACAGAAGAGAGCCUCGGUAUGGAGUGCAACGUCUUCACUGAGGGCAACAACGGCACUGAACAACUUCUGUUUAUCUUUCUCUUCUCUAUCUCUCCACCUUCUGUUCUUCUUUUCUAUCCAAUGAUCAGGAUAUCACCCAAUUUCAAUGCAGACACCGCGUGUAGAUAAAAAAAAAAUCAACUACAACAAACACGAGGAUAAACUAUAUUUUGAAAAAAAAAUACAAGGUUGUACAGUGCAUUUAACACUCAACUUUCUCAACAAAUACCUUUAUGAUGAAAAAUAUUUACUGUAUUUAAAGUCUUGAGUUUUUUUGUGUGAGAACUCCGAUCCCUAAGAUGAAGAACCAUAAUGUCCGUUUUACAGUUCUUUAUUUAAAGUGUCGCUAUUUACUGACUUUGAGUUUGUGUGGUGUGUACAUUCAAAGCAUCAAACAACAGAUAAGUGGUACUCCUCGCACAGUUACAGAGUCAAGACUCGCAAUAUACCAGAAGGUUCCAUUACUACACAUGUAAAAAAAAAAAAAAAAAAAUCUACAGGGACUCAUAUGGCUCUUCAUCUGAGGACUUUUAAAUGUGAAGAAUUUAAAGGAGUACCCCAUUGCAGCUUUACAGAAUUUAACAUCUCUGGGAGAUUCUCUACUGUACAUACUAAACAAUGUAAAUAACAUAACUGCUGACGCGAACAGCCGACGACAAAACCUCAUCUGACUCCGAUGCAUUCGAGUAUAGUAUUUCUACCCUCCGUUUCAGUGUUCCUCGUGCUGGAAGGGCAUCUGAGUAUACAGUCGGAUUUGCUGUGCUCCUGCAAUUCCCCACUACUGAUUUAGUGGGAUCACACAGAUGGGAAUAACACAGAUAUCAUAGCUGGAAGAUCCACAGAGAAGCAGAGCACCGUGACUUGGAAUAAUUGUGUUUGAUCACCUUUUCUUUUCUUUUUUUUUUUUGAGGGGGAAAGAAAGAGACACUUCUCCUGCGUCAACAUGGCCUCAAAAGAAGCUGCUUAUUGUAGAUUUCCACCCUCUAGUAUGUUGUAGAUUUUACCGUUGACUUUAGCUGCAGCUGUCAUGUAGAAAAACGUUUUAUUUGUGUUUCACUUGUUUGUGCCAUCUCACAACCCCCCUCUCUUCAGUGUGCAGUUUACUCCAGUUUACGGUUCCAGCAUACAGUGAUCAGUUUACGCUACAGAUGUCUUAAGACUGUGUGCAUUUGACUGCUAGUGCUGGCCCCUAGUGCUGCGUGAAGGUGAUGUCACAUAUGCCUCUUUAAAACAGAAAAUUCCAGGUGGGACAACCAUCUGCUAUAAAACAAGUUUAAAAUUUAAGUAACAAAAAAAGCUAGUGCGACAAAAAGACAAGGGUAGACACUUCCUGAAAUACAAGCAUUUUUAACACUUCAGUGUAGUUCUUCAUGAAUAAGGAAAAAAGGUGAAUGAGUGAAUGUGCUAAACUUGAUUUAAAAUUGUAAUGCAAUUACUUAAGCGAUAGCUUGGAUUUAUUUUAAGUGAAGUGCUGUGAAGUAAUCAGUUAUAUACUUAAAGUAAAAAAAAUAAUGUUUAUUUGAAUAUUUCUUUAUUGUAGAAAUGCUUCUAGGCCAUAGAUUCCUUUAAUCUAAUUAAUUUCCCCCUUAAAUUGUUCCAUAUUUGGAAAGAAAAGGCAUUUUAUGGCUGAGCAUCAGAGCUCUAUAUGUGGGUUACGCCAUGAAAAACUAGCCAAAUCCGUCAUGCUAAGGGCAUAAAGAUUAUUUUGCUACUGCCUGCAGUUCAGCAUCCAUGAAUGCAUUGAAAAACUGAAGUCUGAAUAAAGGGACAUACAGUGUAUUUGUAGCUUACCAAUUUAAAACAAAGACCUCAACAACAACAAUAGUCUUGUAAGUCCUUGUUGAGCUGGACGCCAGCUUGGUCAGACACUGCUGAGGGAUUGCAUCCGAUUCCUCAACUAGCCAUUGUUACCAGUCAGCCAGUGUGGUUGUAUUGGUCACCCUGGCAUUAACGGGACGCCCUGGCUGAUCCUACAGGUGCUUGCACUGCUGGCAGACCAUUACGUCCUCUCCACUCCCAGAUUCUAGAGGUAUUUUCUGAUAAAGCUGCCUCUGGAGUAGCCUGGUAAAAACCAGCAAAACCAGCCCCUUGUUCUACCCUUCAGCUCCUUCAGAGGGUCUGAACUCUCAUCUGUUGAGAAACGAUUGUUUCCUGGAAGCUAUGGACUCUGUUGAAGUUUUAAUUUUACCCAACUGCUAAUGUUUGGCUGUGACAUGUGUAAUGUGCCAGUUCUACGCUAUGAAGCUUACCGGAAAUUACUUGCUCUGUAACCAACCGUUCUCCACUGUGAAGAGAGAAAUGCCGUACUGUUAAUGCUAAUUCAAUAUUUGGAUUAGGAUUAGUUAGUUAGUUGCUAAAGCUACAGCCAGACUACAAUUCUAAAACAGCACAGAAAAUCAAUGUUAUCAUUCACAACUUCUUCGCUGUUUGGCCUGGCAGAAAAUCUACUGGAGCUGUAAGCGAGAUCUGAAUUUAGCAGAAUAGCGCAAGAAAGGAAUGACUGGGAUAACUCUGGAGGAAAGCAUUGACAUUUUGGAAGACAGAAUUUGAUCCCUGAGAUUGGAGAUUUUCACUGGUUUUUAAAUAGCAUUUUGAUAUCCCUCUUCUCUGAGAUUACCUUUAACGAUGACGAGCCUUGGUUUUCCAGUGAAGGUCAUGCUGCCCUACACCAUAACACUGCCUCCAUCAGAAACAGAUUGGCUUUGGUAGCAUAGAGAACAUUAUCAUGAGUGUGACGCAGGUACUCAACUAUACAACAGUUUAGGGGAAAAACACAUACUUAGCAAUAUAAGAUUCAACGCCAAGAAGCAUUAUUAAAAAAAACAAAACAAUGAUCAAACAUAAAUCUUCUUAGUAGCUAACAUGUUUAGUCCAUUACCUGUUGUAGACAUUACGUUCUAUCGCAAAUAGUUCUUAGAGAAAUGAAGAACUUAUCUGAGCCACUGAAGGCUUGCAGCUAGCCUGGCAGAUUAACCUAAGAUAACUUUAACCAUUAAAAACAACAAAACAAAUUAGUGGGAUGCAAAGCUGCAAUAGAGGACAUUAAAUGAUACAGUUUCACGAGGUACCAUUCUCAUUUUUUUUCACCUAAGCAAUGUGUUUCUGCACUAACGUUACAUUGGUUGAGGUCAUUGGAUGAGACAAUCGGACUUGUCAACUCUUUUAACAGGGUCAUUUCAGCAACUUUAUCAAAAAAUGUGGUUCUUGACUUACAGGUUUAAAAGUGAUUUGGAAAUGAUCCCAUUGAGAUGGAUACUUUGCCAAAGUAACUUUAGCACAGCCAGAGAUGUUGUUUGGCUACGAAACAAGAAAUAAACAUUACUGACUUCUGAAUAUGUACCAGUUAAUAUCUUCUAAUGUAGCACCAUAUCACAUGGUAUUAAGAUUUUCAGGUUGAGGUUUUUUAUUUAUUUUAUUUCUAAAAUUAGCUAGAGUGGGUGAAGACCUUUCUCAACAGCUGUUGGCUUUCCACUGCUAACUGCUGUUAUAUGACAUCUAAGGUAACAAACUGAUAACUUACAGAAGCUCACAGAUUCAAGCUAUCGCCUCAUGGGGGAAAAAUACAUUUUAACACAACAUUUAGGCAAAUGCUGAUAAAUUAGCUCAUUUUAAACAUUUUGCAUCAAGUCCUGUUGUUCUCCCAUAAUCUUUAUUUAUGAACAUUAGUGAAACACAAGAUGGUAUUAAAGUGACAAAGUAAAAAUUCCACUCCCUCAUUUUUAAACUUUUUACUUAAUGAUCAUUUUUCAACACUCCAAUUUUUUCCAAGUUAUUUAGAUUCAGAAAACCUGCUAGAAAUGAUUCAUUUUCAGCUCAUCAGGGCAAGUGUUUGUGAGAACAACACAUUAAAUGCUACCUAUGCUUCCAUUAAUAAACAUGUCACCCACAAUAGCAGUGUGAACUUCAAACUGUGGAGGCUAUGAUGCCAGAACAGAGCUGAAGAGGCAAAUCCAAAUAAACUGUUUUAACUUUCCUAAAAGAGUGUUAGCUUCUCACAUGACAUUGGAAAUAAAGUAGGAAAUAUUCAAAAUGGUUUUGAACACAAAAUAUCAUCUUAGAGUGUGUCAAACCGGCUGCAGGUUUUAUGUAGUGCAUGGUUAUAACAUUUCUACCUUAAGAGAAAUUUCCAGAUUUUUAUCUUUAGUUUUGCAUUUGGCUGUGAACUUAAAGCUUUAAAAAAUCUUUGAUGUGAAUGUGUGCUUACCUUCCUGUUAGUAACAGUCAUGAGCUGGAAUGAGACCCUCAUGGUAUUUGAACCUUGAAGAAAAAAAAAAGCCAUGCAUUACACAUAAUUGAAAAAUAAUGUAGCUUUUAUUUACCGCAGAAACAAUUUAUUCUACCAUUCUUUAAAAAAAAAACAAAAACUAAUUGAUUAUUAAAGUUAGAAUAAUUAUCCAUUACUUUUAUUCAUUAUUUUGAAUGUGAUUAUUCAAUAACAUAUUAUUCAUUUUGACGUUCUGCUCUUUAUAGAAGAAUAUAAAUGCAAAAAGCUGAUAUUACCUGGUUAUUUAGUAAGGAUAUCAAACUGGAUAGAGACAUAAAAGAUAUUCAAAUCAUAGCUCACUAACUGAAGUUUAAAACAGAUUAAUAGGACUGACUGGAGAAACUCCGUUAGGUUCAAGCUGUACGAACUGGCAACAUUUCUAAACAACCAGGUCUGUCUUUUCUGUUGUUACAAAGGCAACGUGUACUGGGCUUUCUUUGGCUCAGGAGUGUGCAGCAACAGGUGGGGAAGGGGGAGUGUUGUGCAAUUCUAUUCUCCAUACAGCCAGACUAAACUUACAUCAGUCUGGUAGUUUCUCAGCCUUAAACUUUUAACACCAGUGUAAUGAAACAUGUUAGUAGUUUGUGAAACUGGUUAAUCCCAAAUCCCAGGUUGGUUCUCUUGCUGAAUCAGCAAUUGAUGUGGUUUCAAAUGUUGAACUUUUCUGAAAUCUAGAAUAUAUGUUGAACUUAAGGAAUACAAGCAAAUGGCGUUUUGUUUUGUUUUUUGUUUGUUUGUUUGUUUUUUUACUUUCAUGUUUUUCAGAAAGUCCAUUUGAUGGGAAUAUUGAUUCUUUAGAACCUUUGAGCUCAUUGGUCUGGAAUUUGCUAAAAAAAAAAAAAAAAUCCCCAAAGACCUGCAGACCACACACUGUCCUCUGGGAUAACUGCCAGAUAUUUCCUGCGUUAUCCAUGUAGCUGUGACAUUAAACUAGUUGUUACCCUCACUAAUAGAUGUGAACAUAAACAUGAUUCCACAUCCUGGUCCAGAGAAUUGAUGGGUUCCGAAUGAUCAGUUUACACAAGAACAAAGGAGGUAUGGUAGUUUGUUAGUGUUCAUCAAAUUAAUUUGUUGUAAUUUGAACAUUUUACAUUACUAACUGCCACUAAGAGCAUUGUUUUCUUUUGUCAAAGAUCAAUUACUGUACCUGCUGGCCAAAUGAUGGGUUCUUUAUGCUUUAGCUGCUUCACAUUUCUCUGCUGUUUGCUGUGGUUCUGGUGACUAGCAGGAUUCUGCCAUGACAAACUGCGGUUGCACAAUAUGACAAAGCAGUCUGCUGUAAUCCAGGGCACCAUGGGGGAUUUUUAUCCCUCUCAGAGGAACCCUUCAGGCUGACACACUGUAACUGAAACUCCCAAAGCUUGGCUUAAGUCAUGACAGGAAUAAAAUUAGCUGUAUGCAUGGAUAAUUGUUUUAUAUGAGAAACUGACUUGCUGUGCCCAAGUAAAGAAAAGGUACAAUCACACCAUAAACCCUCCUAAGUAGAUAAAUGAAUUUCACCGAGCUGUCAAAUAUUGACCUGAUGGUUUACACAUUGGGCCAAAUCACAAACAGAGAGCAGCCUCCAUAAACUAUCCUUUUACUGUUAUAACUAACUUUAAUCAAUGUCAUGAGUUGUUAAGAAAGCAUUCUUUAUUGUUUUUUUCAGUAAGGUUUUGAAGGGUGUGUAUGAGCAGUCAAUGUCUCACUGGCAGUAGAUAGUGGUUUGAGAAAAUCACGAUUGGAGAAUAUUUGCAGACUUCCCAAAAACUGCAACAUCAGUGAAAAUGUUUAGAAUAAACCACUCAACAUUUCAGAGUUAUUAGCUUAGUGCCACUCAGUUAAGUAUUGGAAUAGCAGUCAUCUUAUUUAGCCAAAAGCAAAAGCAAAAAAAAAACAACAAAAAAAAAACACCUUUUUCUUUUCAAAGAUGGUGUAAUCUAGAGGUGUGAAGGUGUUUAAUAAACUACUCCAAAAUGUUUGGAGUGGGCUUAGUGUCAUUCAGCUAAGUAAAUAGGAAAUUACUUUGCGGUUGGCUUGGCUAGCCCAAAAAAAAAAAGUUCCAAUUUUCUUUUCAAAGGUGGCCCUAAUCCUCUUCUGUACUUAGAGGUGUGAAGGUGCUUAAUAAACCAAAAACAGGGAGUUAGUUACUUGCAUAAACUUGCAUUAAUUUCCUGCUCAACAUCCCGUCAUGAGACUGACCACUCUGACCACUGUCUACUCCAGUUAAGACGUCUAAAAACUGUAGUUCAUACAUUCACUGUGGGGAAAGUCCAAAACUCAGAUUUUUCUCUCAUGAAGAAUUUCAACCAACCUUUAAAAGUUGACUAAUUUAUAAAUGAAAGACAAGAUGCCUACCGACUGAACCAACUGGUUAUCGUUUCACUUGGUUCAUUUGCAGUGGAUUCCAGUGCAUUCCUUUACUAUACAUAGAUUAAGCAGAUAGCUAGAUGUACAGUGUCUUUUUAGAAUGGUAGCUAGCUAAUUCUCAGGAAGCUGUGUACUAAGUACUGUAUUAAAGGCUCAUUAUGGAAAUUACAAACAAAACAAGUCAAAAAUAAGAGUGACUUGAUGAGGUCAUCAUUUAAAUGAUGAGCUGCUUCGCUCUGGCUCUUUUGAUGAAGUGUAGACUAGAUUAGCACUGAUGAUGUUUUUCUUUCUGGGCCUUUAAGACAAUAUGAUAACAGCCCUUAUGCUGAAUCUAAUGAUGCUGUCUAUGGAGGCUCUGCACAGACCCCUGGCCUGUCUAUCCACUGUCGUAGUGUAAAAGUGCUGGGCCCUCAUUCAAGAGACAUUUAUUUCUGUUUUACCUUGAAUUAUCUGUGCAAACAUUAAAAAAAAAAAAAAAAAAACAUUUGCAGUGAAACUCAACAGUUUGGUAAAGAAGAAUACUCAUACUUGCUUUUGAUGUUUGUUUAGUUAUCUGAGCAGAAUUUGUUUACUGUUCCAUACAAAGAGCUGCGUUAAGCAGUCAGUCAUGUUUCUCACACAUUGUAGCGUGCAUCUGUCAUUUGUUUUGGGAGGGGUUUUUUUCACAGGCCCAGGACAUAAUUUCAUAACACAUUAACAGUUAGAAUAUAAAGAAAACAUAGCCCUGAGGCCUAAGUGGUCAUGUGAGGCUUACAAGAAUCAGUACCUGUACGAUCGUCAUUCUGGUCUUUUUUCUGGGUACUUUGGUUCCUGAGGACUUGACAAUGAACCUAUGGAAAAAAAAAAGAACCUUAAAAAGGAACUGAAAAUACCUUAACCCUGAUGAGCACAUAUUUGUACCACUCCAGGUGCCUCUAAGAACUCUUGAAUUAAUUCUGAUGUGGUGCAGAACCAGCAAAACAAGUAGUGACACGGUAGUUUUUUUUCUACUACUGACUACUCACUCAGACUGAGCUCUGAAACUAGAUGGGUCAUUUGUAGAUUUGAGGUCAAUUCAGUUUCAAACCAUGAAAUUAAGACGAAGUUGAAUUAAUUACCUUACUUUGUGGAGACAUUUUGAUUUAUAAAACAUAGGAGUAAGAAACAUAUAUUUUUAUUUUCAAUUUUCAAUUGGACUCCAAAGCUGAAUUCGCCUCAGUCUAGAACUGUGGGAUCAUUUAACGAUGUGAAAAAGAUUGAAAGGGUGUUAAGAGUCAGUGAGAAGUCAUUUCUGAUUUCUAGCUACAAACGAAAUGUUUGUGGAUUAUGUAAAUGUCAUGGACAUGUCAAUGAUGUAUCAUCUUUUUAUCAUGCAAUAUCAUAUAUAAAGAUGUAUUGUGUGGGGCGGGACAGAUUGGGAACAAAAAAAAAAAAGAAUAAUGUUCAGUGACUUAUGUUAUUCUAGUUGACUUUCUGUUAACUCCUGAAAUGCAGAUGUUGCCAAAAUA